ACGAAAUACUUAUCCUCUUAUCAUAUGUUUUGAAUGUGGAUGGCUGCUUGUUUUUUUGGUGUGUCCGUGAGUGAUUGUUAAAAUGGUUUUAUUGAAUCAAUAUCUUAGUCUUUUGAAUGCUACUUAUCUUACAUUUCAAUUUCAAUGUUGUGACACUUACUGCACAUUCCCGGGGGAAACAUGUGAUAGAAGCAGGACGGAAUUCUGUGUGUGCAAGGCGUGUUUCUGCCAUAAUGAUUCCACAUUCAUGCAGGAAGAAGCGAAAGAAUGCAGAGCUCAUUGUAGCAUUGAACGAUUUCGGAAACAUGCACUUGAAGAUGACGAAGAAGCUGGUGAUAAAGAAGACAACGUUACUCAAACAACCGAGGAAUCACAAGAUUGUGUAUUAAUUACCACACUUGGUAUUGCAAGCUUCUGUGGCAAUGUGAUUGGCCUAAUAAUCGGUAUACUACUUGGUAUCCGAUGCCUUUUGAGGAGAUCUUACAAACAAGCACAGGAACAAGCAGAAAUUGAAAGUUUCAUUGGGAGAAAAGACAGUGGGAUAAAUGACGAAAGCGGAGAUGAGUCUGGAAUAGGAACGACUUUAGCAGAGUUUAACACGAGACGAAUUCUAACAAAUGUGACAGAUGACAUCAAUCGUCCAUCAAAAGUUCUGAUAUCCGGCCAGCGACAUGACUUGGACGAUAGUUCUCACACUGUUGAACAGGAAAUACCACAAGAAACUCAUGUGGUAAAAAUGGCCAACAACGUACCGACUCAUGCCAUUCAAAACCCAUGAAACUGACCAACAAAAAAACAUGUACAUUUUUGUUGUGUCUGCUGUCUUAUAUCAGUGCUUUACAUAUUCACAUUUAAUAGAAAAUUUAAACGCUUUUUUUAUAUCAUGCUUAGUAAGUUUGUAUGUAUGUCAUUCAUGUAUUAUAUUUUUUUUAUUUUGAAAAUCAGUUAAACUGAAAUACCGGAGGAUAAAUAUAAGAAUCAUGUUACACAGAAAGUCACAAACCAUAAAUGUGUUCAAAUUACUUCUUUGAUCUCUUUUUAGAUAGCAUUUAUAAUGUUUAGAAUAAAUAGAUGUAAUAUUAUGAUAGUGUGUCCUUUUUUUUUCUAGUAAAAAAUUCAUCAGAUUCAAACUUGGUUACAAAUCAAAUGAUAGUAUAUACGAUGCACUUUUACAAAAAAAAAACACUAUAGUAUUUUCAAGCUUCUUUCAAAUAAAUCAUUUUAUACUGAAAAGUUAUGCCUGCAUACAAAUGUAUGUUUCUUGUUUUUGUAUAUUUUAGUUUUUAUUAGUUUUACAAAUGUACAAUAUUUGUAUUAAUUGCUCAACAGAAGAAAAUAUCUUUUACUAGUGAAUGAAAAUGAAUGUGUAUACGUAUCAUCAUGUGAUGAUGAUUUGUUGUGAUAAAUACGUUUGAUUUUAUUAAACUGUGUUCAAAGGGAGACAAAUCUAGAAAAGAUCUGACUGGCUUGUGUAGUCAAUAUUUUACACAGAUGCUUGGACAUCAGGGAAUUUAUGGAUUUUAUGUUUUAGUGUUUUACACUUUUAAAUACAAUAGGAGAAAUUUUAAUUUUAUCAGGAAGUCUAAAACAGUUAAACAGAAACUUAUGGUUACAAAUGUAAUCACUAUCAUAUACACAAACAUGUGUAAUAAGGCUUAGCAUAAUUUUUAGUUCACUUUAAAACAUAUAAUUUUAAUUACAGUAUCUAGAAGACCUAAGUGUUAUCUAGAUACAAUCAUAUUAACUUCUUUGAUGUGUAAAUUUGUGUUUUAAAAUUUUUUGUCGGUAAUAUUUUAUUUUGUAAUAUUGCAUUUUAAAAUCGACUUUAAAUUUGGUUCUGCAUGGUAAAAAAAAUUAUUACAGAAAUAUUUUUUUUUUCUAAAUCCUGAAAAUACUAAUUGGUAAAGAUCAUUGCCACUUUCGUUAUGAAAAUGGCAUUACAUGUUUUUUACAAGAGCAUUCAUUACAUUUCAAUUUGUUCGGUGCUGUGUUAUUGUUGAUGUUAAUUUUAGUUUACUGGAUCAAAUUUUAUUUCAAUUUGUUAAAAUCAUUUUGUAAGGUAGAUGUAUACAAUAAAUUUAUUUUCAACAGUA